GUGCAAUUGCCAUGCAGUUUGGAUUAGCUGCGAAUCACGCUAGUAACGGAUGGCGGGGCACAGGAACAUCUGGUAUUCUGCACACAGCGUCAUUCCGCUAGCGAGUAAAAAGAAGGAGUGAACGUCUCAUGCACGUCUGACGCGUUCUGAUGUCUUGAUCCACCUGCAUCGUGAAAAGAAAAAACCGUACCUCUCACCUCCAGAUUACCACAGUUCCUUUCCCCGUACAAACUCAAGCCUGUUCAAAAUGUCAACUCUACAGUACACAAGCCCUGCAGGCCAUGGCCAACACCACCUGAAGAAAUACGGGUACAGUCAAGUUGUACGCGUCGGUGACGUCAUCCACAUAUCCGGCCAAGGCGGCUGGGUCUACGAGACCGGCGAGAUGCGCGAGGACACCGAGGACCAGAUCGACCAGGCCUUUGCCAACGUCGACCACAUCCUCAGGGAGGCCGGCGGCAAAGGCUGGGACCAGGUGUACAAGGUCAACUCGUACCAUGUCGCGCUGGACGACCGCGCGCUGGAGGCCAUGACGCGGAACUUGGGGAAGUGGAUGAAGAAGCACAAGCCCCUCUGGACCUGUGUCGGAGUGGCCAAGCUCGGCGGGGGCGAUGCAAUGAAGGUCGAGAUCGAGGUGCAGGCUUUUGACAAGGGGGCGUGAGUGACUGUUGGGGUAGCAGCUGCGGUAACAGUAACAGUGAGAGUCUGAGGAUUGAAGUCUCCGGAAGAAUGAACUUUCAAGGGUAGGCUCAUGUGGCAGUUGUGAAGAGCGUUAUGAUUCUCUGCCUAGGUAUCCGGGAAACUCUCCUGGAAAAUUACUCAUAAUCUGAGAGCUCGUGCUCUCAAUGAAGCAGUGCCGGCUGA